CACGAGACCACGUCACGCUCGUGACGAUAGUCCCCUCAGCCCGCAAGUAAUUUUCCCCCUUCGUCCCUCCGCUCGACGACCUCCUCAAGAUGCCGCACUCCUUCGGUUACCGGGCGCGCACGCGCCACAUGUUCAAGCGGGGCUUCAAGGAGCAUGGUCCCGUAAAAUUGUCGACUUUCCUCAUCAACUACCACAUCGGUGACAUUGUCGACAUCAAGGCUAAUGCCGCUCAGCAAAAGGGUAUGCCCCACAAGUACUACCACGGCCGCACUGGGAUUGUCUACAACGUCACACCCUCUGCUGUUGGUGUCAUUGUGUACAAGGUCGUCGGCAACCGCUACAUUGAGAAGCGUGUGAACCUCCGUGUUGAGCACAUCCGUCACUCGAAGUGCCGACAGGAAUUCUUGGAUCGUGUGAAGCGGAACCACGAGGCGCAUGUUGAGGCUAAGGAGAAGGGCGAGCGGAUCAACCUAAAACGCAUCCCUGCCCUGCCCCGUGAGGCCUACACCGUCGCCAGCGCCACCGCCUCCAACACACCGCAGACAAUGGUUCCCGUCGCAUACGAGACCACGAUCUAAGUUCACGGUACCAUUGUUGUAUGCUAUGCUGCUAUGCGAUUCUAUGCAAGUGUUGCUGGUCUCGACCUGCAAGCAAUCAUGAUCUCUUUCUUCUCUCUUUUGGGAUGCAAACGUGAACAUGUAAUGGGGACGAACAUCGAAGCCUAGGAACCAAGCUGUACAUCGUACAAAGAUUGCCCCAUUUAAUCUUUCGCAUAUCUUCUUUGAUCUUGUCCUGCUUUGGUUUAAGUAGACGAAAUGUAACACCGCCAAGUCCUCGCACGACCAACACCGAAAUCAGACUGGAUCAUCGCAGGGCUUCGGAUGUAAUUGUUUUUCAUUCCGAUAAAGAGUAAGUGAUUGAACACUGCUGGUGUCGACGAGCUCACUUUAUCGGCCGAAUAUUGUGAUCAUCCAGGGUUACAUAUCAAGCAGGGAACACGUCCAACAAGCCCUCUGAAGCAAUAGCAAUGUACUUACGCGGCUACUCACAUCUCCUGGACUCUGCUUCAGGUCACCGUUGAGUUGAAACGAACCCUUGGUCGGCCUCAUCUUCGCUUUCAUCGCUGUCGCUGUCGUCCUCAUCCUCGACACCUUCAUCACCGCCUACGCUAGGAAAGACCCGUGCGUCCGACGCUGUACCACGGUGACACUGGGAGGUAAAGUAAGUUCAACGGGCCAAGUAUUGCACACAAGAUUGCAUUGCAUACCUGGUAGACGGCGGUCCAGUAUCCUCCCCAAUACAUGGCACUCAGAGCACGCGAGAACGCGUCAUCCUGUGAGACCAAACGGGGAUCAAUUUGGGAGGUCAUGUCCGUAGGAACGGGCAUGUAGGCAGCGGACGCGAGGGGAACUGGGCCGGGCGCCGUCUCACCCUCUUGAGGAGCGGCAAGUGACGCAUCAUGAUUCGGUACGAAAGAGGAGAAAUCGAUCGGAGUAGAGUCGGUCUCGCCAUCACCACCAUUGGUUAGCUCAGGUACAAUGUCGGACUCUGUUUUGGGUCGUUUCUUCGCUGGUUCCGACGGUGGGGUGUUGUACCAUCUGUAGAGAAAGUGAGGGCCAACGCUGAGACUCACUAGACGAACGCACAGGGAGGAUUUGCAGAUGGGCUCGUUCUUCCAUCCCUUGCCUGGCCCAUUGAGCGCUUCAUACUCCUCGUUCGCUGCGUUCCAUGCAUCAAUGAGAGCUGAAUCGUCCCAUGCCUCCUCCUGCGUCAGAAACCGACUGUCCUCGUCUUCCUCGAGGUCUUGAGACUUUGUAGGAUUCUGAUAAGUUUUUCCCCUGGCAUUAGAGUGACCGCGAUUGUUAUUAUUCUGUCCACCCCAUUUCCGCUUUUUGGAGUUCGUGUUGCCGUCUGAGUGUCUGGAGGAGUUGCCGUUCGUAGGAGAUUGAGACGCGUCAAACGAGGAGGAUUCGUAAGGAAGCGUUAUGUCGUCGUAGGAUACUAUAGGACGGUUCAUGUCCUCCACCAAGUGAUUCCACGCAAAGAGUGUUCGAGAGCUCAGAACAGUCAGAUGUUUGACAGCGUAGUGUCGGCUCGGCAGUCAACUGAUAGAUUGCGUCCAUCACUGAUCUCGAUCAAGUCGAACACUCUCUAUCAAAUGUGCUCUGCAACUCCCACAACCUGAAAAGCCUCAUGGCCCCAGCUGGGUCGGUUCGGCAGAAUGGGAACACAAAUAGAAUCGGAAGUCGUUUCAAUCAAACCGGGGAACGAAACCAAGAUCUGCACGAUGGUUCGCUUGACUCCGUCCAAUCUCCGUAUACGCCGCGAAGACCCAGACCCCGCCCCCUGCUGACACGCAGCAUCAGUCCAGCUCCUUCAACUUACUAUGGCGGACUACGUGAACUUUCCCCGUUGCCUGAGCCUCUUCCUCCCAGCCCAGCAGGACCUCGCGAAUCGAGCGCGGAGGUUGAAUUUCCCGCGAAUCCUCUUCACAAUCUUACAAUCACGCCGUACAUCCCACCACUCAGGAAGGAGAAAAUACGAAAACGAAAGGCUCGACGAGAGCAAGAAAGAAGACUUGGACGCUCCGAACCAAGGUGGCUGCUGAAUAUCCCGGUCAUCUGCAUAUCAGACUCGGACGAUGGAGCACCAAUGAAGAGACCCCGUUUGAGCGGCAUACUCGAUCGACAAUCCCAAUUUGACGAAGUCUUGGUGAUAACCGAUAGCGAGAAUGAACUUGGCCUCGUCGAUCACGUCAAUGUUGUGGAUCCAGACUCGGAUGUAGAGAUCAUCGAACCGUCGCCGGUAGCAUCGCACUCCUAUACGAACGGAUCACCUAUUGGAGCGACGCGAACGUCCCCAUUUGUCGUUGCUGAUGCCGAGCUGACAGCGACCAUCUCAGAGACACGGGACAAUUCACCUCAUGCGCGGUCCGACUCUCCGACUCGACCUCUCCUAUUUAGUGAUCCGGAUUCAAGUUUCCAUGAGGAUGAUGAGCUACUAGCGGAAACACCUCAGUGGUCAGACGACAGGAAGGAGUUGGGCCGAUAUUUCGACGAAGCUUUGGCGCGGCUGGAAACUCUGGAGUGCGCAGAGCUAGUGGCCGAGACCGGUCACGACUUGAUUCCACCUCCCAACAUCCAGCACUCUCCGGAGUUUCCGACGAAUCGUUCUGUCCCGCAUGUCCGUAUUUCUCGACCCUGUGUCAAGAUCCUAUGGCACUGGCAACGACGAUUUCCCCGCGAUGACAGUGGGACGACGUCCAGAGACAGCACACUCGCUCCGCUAGUUGUCCUUUCAAAAGCUGCCCAAGUGAUUGUGGCCACCGUGGAGACGCCAGAUGAAGAUUGUAGCCCAACCGAACUUGCAUACCCAGACUAAUCUCGUUUGUAUCGAUCUUGCCUUGUUUUUUUGCCAUUGCUAUUACUUUGUACUUGUCAUUCCUUACGCCGAGUUGUUCCAAUGUUCCAAUGUCCC